AUGGAGGCGGCAGUGACAGAGUAUCAGAAGUUGCAAGCUUCCUUCCAGACAGCCGUGGAGGCGAGGCAGCAGCUCGACUCGCAGCUGCGCGAGAACGAACAGGUGGCCAAAGAAUUCGGCAAGCUCAAAGACGACAAUCAAGUGUACAAGCUCAUCGGACCUGUGCUGGUGAAGCAGGACCAGGUCGAGGCCAAGACGAAUGUCGAGAAGCGCAUCGAAUUCAUCAAGGGCGAGAUCGAACGAGUCGAGACACAGAUCAAGGAUCUGACCGAGAAGACAGAGAAGAAGAAGGUCGAGAUCGUCGCACUCCAAACAAAAGCGCAGCAGCAAGCCGCAGGAUCAGCAUCGUCACAAGGAGCACCAGCAAUCUCAGCCUGA